AUGAAUGAAGUCAAGACUUCGAAGAACUGGCGUUCUGGCCUCAGUGUUGCUGAAUGUAACAGAUAUAUGCUGAAGAACGAGAUUCAUUGUGAUGUCUCAUUUAGAGUGGGGAAAGAAGAAAAGCUUGUUCGCGCUCAUAAGUAUGUUCUAGCGAGCAGAAGUCCCGUGUUUGACGCCAUGUUGUAUGGUGACCUGGCGGAAGCUAAGGAAAUUAAAAUUCCUGAUAUUGAGCCAGCUGUAUUUCAUGUUCUUUUAAGAUUUCUGUAUUGCGGUGAUGUUGAUGUUACCAAGGAUACAGUCAUUGGGGCAUUGUACGCUGCUGAUAAAUAUGAUGCUGAUGAAUUGAAAAAAGAAAUGCAAUCAUAUUUAGAUCAAAAUAUUACAACGGAAACUGUCUGUACAAUCCUUGAACCUGCAAAGUUAUUCAACUUUGAAAAUCUGAAAGAAAAAUGUAUGGAUUUCAUUGAACAAAACUGUGAGUCCGUAUUUCAGUCGCCGUCUGCUUUAGGACUAAUGAAAGAAACCCUCAGCGAGAUAGUCUCAUCCGAUAACUUAAAUAUAGAGGAACUGGAAAUUUAUCAAUUUCUUAUAAAAUGGGGCUGAAAACCAAUGCGAAAGAAAACGUAAAGAAAAGUCUGAUGGCAAUAUCAAAAAAGAGAUAGGAGAUAUCAUCUAUCACGUUCGUUUUCAGUCCUUGACUUUAGAAACAUUUGCAAAAGAUGUUUGCAAACGUCAAAUACUUACUCCUGAAGAGAUGAUAAUUUUGCAGCAAAUUAUUGUUGGUAAUCUGCCCAAAGGAAACACAAAAUUCAAUCAAGAAGAGCGCGGAUAUACAUGUAAAACAUUUACGGUUUUUCGUGGCAGUGGACCGACAGAAAGUUGGAGUUAUGGGGGUACCGAGGACAGUUUAGAAUUUACAGUGAACAGAAAAGUUAAACUUCAUGGUUUUAUGAUGUGGGGAGGAAUGUCGGUUCCAUAUAGGUACACGGUUGAGGGAAAAUUGAUUGAAAACUAUAACGAAAUGGCCGAUAUACCUUCUCAGGUAAUAGAAAAAACUGUUUCUUCGGAUUAUCAGUUUGUUGUUGAAUUCAGGAAACCAGCGAUCUUAUAUCCUUAUAAACGAUAUAGAAUUUGGGUUAAAUUACAAGGUCCUGACAGCUGGACGGGUCAAACUUACAAACAAUCCGUCAAUGAACAGGGUGUUCAGAUAGACUUUUAUAAGCAUGAUGGGAAUAAUAACGGGACUUCGGAAACUAAUGGACAGUUUCCGGGAUUAAUCUUGUCAU